AGGCUGGAGGUGGGAGGCGGGGGACGGACCCGGGCUCGGGGCCGAGGAAGAACACGCCACCGCACCCUCUCCCCCUCCCUCUCCUGCGCGCUCCGGCCGCCGGCCCGCGCCGCUAGCCUCACCCACCGCACCGGUCUCCGCUCGGAGCGGGAGGAGGCCCCGGGCCCGAGUUGAGGCGGAGGUCGUCCCGGCCGCGCGGCCCCCGGGAGCCGAGGAUUCGCCGUGGAGGACCGAGCCCGGGCUGGAGGCGCCCGCGGCCCCGCGAGCGCCGGCUGCGCCAGACCGUGGCCUGAUGGACGCUUGGUGUGGAUGAUGAGGGAAGAACGCACCUCCCACACCCGAGAGGUGACCCCAGAGCAAGCCCUGGAUGACCCCGCGAGCCGGAACCAUGCGGCUAGCCUGCAUGUUCUCAUCCAUCCUGCUGUUUGGAGCCGCAGGCCUCCUCCUCUUCAUCAGCCUGCAGGACCCCACGGAGCUCGCCCCUCGACAGCUGCCAGGAAUAAAGUUCAGCAUCAGGCCGCAGCAGCCCUACAACGACCUCCCACCAGGCAGUUCCCAGGAUGGUGACUUGAAGGCACCUACGGAAAAGGUCCCCAGAGACUUGUCCAGCCGGGCCCCGAGGGGCUCCCGCCUGCUGGUGCCUGACCGGCCUCAAGCCCAGCUAAACGUGGGGACCCGGCUCCGACCCCGGCAGCGCCGCCGCCGGCUGCUUAUCAAGAAAAUGCCGGCUGCAACAGCCAUCCAGGCCAACGGCUCGGCCGGCGCCUUGGCGCGGCCGGCACCCUGGGCCCCCGACGGCCACUGGGUCACCCUGCACCACAGCCAGCAGGAGCGCAAGCGGGUGAUGCAGGAAGCGUGUGCCAAGUACCGGGCCAGCAGCAGCCGCAGGGCGGUCACCCCCCGCCACGUGUCCCGCAUCUUCGUGGAGGACCGCCACCGCGUACUGUACUGCGAGGUGCCCAAGGCGGGCUGCUCCAACUGGAAGCGGGUGCUCAUGGUGCUGGCGGGGCUGGCCUCGGCCACCGCCGACAUCCAGCACGACACCGUGCACUACGGCAGCGCCCUGAAGCGGCUGGACACCUUCGACCGCCAGGGCAUCCUUCACCGCCUCAGCACCUACACCAAGAUGCUCUUCGUCCGCGAGCCCUUCGAGAGGCUGGUCUCCGCCUUCCGCGACAAGUUCGAGCAUCCCAAUAGCUACUACCACCCCGUGUUCGGCAAGGCCAUCCUGGCCCGGUACCGGGCCAACGCCUCCCGGGAGGCCCUGCGGACGGGCUCUGGCGUGCGCUUCCCCGAGUUCGUCCAGUACCUGCUGGACGUGCGCCGGCCCGUGGGCAUGGACAUCCACUGGGACCACGUCAGCCGGCUCUGCAGCCCCUGCCUCAUCGACUAUGACUUCGUGGGCAAGUUCGAGAGCAUGGAGGACGAUGCCAACUUCUUCCUGAGCCUCAUCCGGGCACCGCGGAACCUGACCUUCCCCCGGUUCAAAGACCGGCACUCGCAGGAGGCGCGGACGACGGCGCACAUCGCCCACCAGUACUUCACCCAGCUCUCGGCCCUGCAGCGGCAGCGCACCUACGACUUCUACUACAUGGACUACCUGAUGUUCAACUACUCCAAGCCCUUUGCGGACCUGUACUGA